GAGGAGGAGGAGGAGGAGGAGGAGGAAGAGGAGCCGGUUCAAGGGGGUCCUCGAACCAGGUCUGCGUCGUCGAACCCGAACCGGGAUCGCUGUUGUCCGUCUGGAGAGGUUUGCUCAAGUCUCACUGGAUUCUGAAAAGUCUCACGAGAUUCGCAACAAGUCGAAAGAAACGACCUGAGGUCUAAAAGCGGUCAUCAGCAUGAACUACGUGGGCCAGCUCGCGGGCCAGGUCCUGGUGACGGUCAAGGAGCUGUACAAGGGCAUCAACCAGGCCACGCUGUCGGGCUGCAUCGACGUGGUGGUGGUCCGCCAGCCCGACGGGUCUUUCCGGUGCUCUCCCUUCCACGUGCGCUUCGGAAAACUGGGGGUGCUGCGCUCCAGGGAGAAAGUGAUCGACAUAGAAAUAAAUGGAGAAGCAGUGGAGUUGCACAUGAAGCUGGGGGACAACGGUGAGGCGUUUUUUGUCCAGGAAACAGAAGAAUGUGAUGAGAUGAUACCGCCGCACCUGGCGACCUCGCCGAUCCCCACAGACGACGCCCCCACCAAGGACCAAACGCUCAAAGGCAGGCAAAGUCGGCCCCCAGUCGGACCGGAAGACGGUCCGAACGCAGGGGGGAAGAAGAAGAAACGGCGACGGCGGAAGCACAAAGCCGAGCCCCGUAAGGAGGAACAUAGCCAGCCAGUAGGGGGCGAGCUGGAACUGCCUGGGCUCAGCUCAGACGAGGAGAUAAACUUGCAUUGCACGUGGGUAUCCUCGCCGACGGACGACAACGCGGAUCACUCGCGACGUUCCCCAGUCGCCGGGCUCGAAUGGGACAGCUACCCUUUCUCUGACGGCGACUGGUCCCCCUACACUGACACGGUGAUCUCCGAUCUCGAGCGAGGGUCACCCAACAGCGACUCGGAGCUUUUGGUGAAGACAGCGGAGAGUAUGCUCAGAGCCGAUGCCCACAUGCAGUGGAGCUGGGGCGAGUUCCCGGAAUCUACCAGGCAGGUGAGCAAAAAGGAGAGGUCUGGACUAAAAGAACUGACCAUCACCCCAUCAGAGACCACACAUUUCCGGGUCAUCUCCGGGCCAGAGGAGCGAGGAGAAGAUCGUCUCUGUGGCGUUGUCAAACCCACACCUCGGAAUGCCGAACCGGUAACGUCAGACCUCGGUGGGAUAGCUACCCGCAAGACCAAGUGGACGUCUUCCCCGCCCAGCCGCGGGGAGUCUGAUACCAAACCUGGAGAGAUUGCCAUGAAGAGACGAGAAACUGGUCUUAGCGAGAGAAGAAGAACACAGGAAGGAUGUGGUGCGCACGCACACACCCGAGAAGGCGAACAGGAAGUGAAAGAAACUCAUCCCUUUUUUCACGACACUACUGCUUCCCUUUACCGAGGUGUGAGGAAGCGAAGUCAACAUCAGGGGCCCGAAGACAUCUACCUGGAUGACCUGCAUGCGCUCGAGCCUGACGUUGUGGCGCUCUACUUCCCCAAGAGCGAAUCAGGUCAGGUUACGAGGCCCUGGACGGAGUCAACGGCUGUUGGGGGUACGCACUCAGGUUCGCAGUCGCCCAAUUCGGUGGGCAGCGGCGGCGGCGGCGGAAGUCUCGGAGACAGCGGGACCGAGUGCCUCUCUGACUCGGCCGCCGACUUGCCCGAGGUCACGCUGUCGCUCUGCGGUGGUGGCGGAGGCGACGACUCUGAGAUCGACGGCGAAAAAUUCCUGGACUACAUUAUCAGCUAUCAUGAGUUUGCAGAAAACCCCGCAAUUAUCGAUAAUCCCAAUUUGGUGGUUCGGAUUGGACACAGAUAUUACAACUGGACUCUGGCGGCACCGCUCAUCCUCAGCAUGCAGGUUUUCCAGAAGAACCUCCCAAAGGCCACAGAAGAAGCCUGGGUGAAGGACAGGAUGCCCAAGAAGUCUGGCCGGUGGUGGUUCUGGAGAAAGAGCAGCAGCGCCAAGCAGCUAUCCACCGAGAGCAAACUGGAGCGACGGGAGAGUCUGACCAGUGAGAAUCCAGCUCUCAACAUAGACCCGAAAGCACAGCAGAAAACGUCCGAGUGGUCGAGUGACGACGAAACCAAAGAGCUCAACGCCGUGAUUACCGGCCGGACGGCGCCCGAACGGGUGCAGACGGAAACUCCCGGCCCCGCCUACAGGAAGUCGCUGCGCCUGUCGUCGGAGCAGAUUGAGGGUCUGAAGCUGAGGGAGGGUCCCAACGACGUGACGUUCAGCAUCACCACUCAGUACCAGGGAACGUGUCGCUGCCAGGGCACCAUCUACCUGUGGGACUGGAACGACCAGGUCGUCAUCUCGGACAUCGACGGCACCAUCACCAAGUCGGACGUGUUUGGUCACAUCCUGCCUCAGCUCGGCAAAGACUGGACGCACGAAGGAAUCGCCAAGCUCUACCACUCGGUGCACCAGAACGGUUACAAGUUCCUGUACUGUUCGGCGCGGGCCAUCGGCAUGGCGGACAUGACGCGGGGGUACCUCCAGAGGGUCAACGACGGGGGCACGCUUCUGCCCAGGGGACCGUUGAUGCUAGCGCCAAGCAGCCUCUUCUCGGCCUUCCACAGAGAGAUGAUUGAGAAGAAACCCGAGAAGUUCAAAGUGGAAUGCCUGUCGGACAUCAGGAAGCUCUUCUCUCCCGGCGUGCGUCCAUUCUACGCCGCGUUUGGCAACCGAGAGAGCGACGUGUUGGCUUACCGUCAGGCGGGCGUGUCGGCCUGCCGCAUCUUCACGGUGAACCCAAAGGGCGAGCUGAUUCUGGAGCAGGCCAAAGCCAACAAAACGUCAUACGCACGUCUGAGCGAGCUGGUGGAGCACGUGUUCCCGUUGCGCAGCCGGCAGCACGCCGCCGCCUUCUGCUGCCCGGACUUCGGCGCCUUUUCGUACUGGAGGCAGCCCGUCACGCACGCCUGCUUGGAGGACCUCCUUUGACCCGUUCCUCGUUCUUCUUCAGCGCCUACGUGAGAGACGGGGCCGGCUACCGGCGAGACGGGUACAGCAGGACCCCGCUGAAGGAUGACAGGGUGCUGGCGGAGGCGGAGGCGAGCUCCCCCGCCGUCAACGUCACCGCUGCCCGCUCCCCUC